CACCGCGUCGUUCACGAGCAGCAGUUAGGUGUGUUUGUUGGACUCAGUUACCUGUCCGCGGUUACCUGCUCUGUUCGUGCGGGUCAGUAGUCGAGUUUGUGUUUCUACCGGACGCUGAACACUGGCUUCACUAAAGAAGAAAACCGAGAAGGCGAUAAAGGCUGUGGCGAAGGUCCUGACUCGUGGCUCCAACAUGAGUGUCACUUCAUGGUUCCUGGUAAGCAGCUCGGGCACACGCCAUCGGCUGCCACGGGAGAUGAUUUUCGUUGGCCGGGAGGAUUGUGAGCUCAUGCUGCAGUCACGCAGUGUGGACAAACAGCAUGCAGUCAUAAACUUUGAUGCCAACACGGAUGAGCACAUGGUGAAGGACCUGGGCAGCUUGAAUGGGACAUUCGUGAAUGACCUGAGAAUCCCAGAGCAGACGUAUAUCACCCUCAAGCUCUCUGAUGUCAUUCGCUUUGGUUAUGAUGCUCAUGUCUAUAUCCUGGAGAAGAGUCAACACAUGGUGCCAGAGGAAGCGCUCAAACAUGAGAAGUACACCAGUCAGUUACAGAUCAGAACGAAGACGCUGGAGGCCAAAGUGAAAGAAAAACUGCAGCUCCAGAGCUCCGGGAGGACUAAAGACUCUGUUUCCAGUGUCAAAGGGCAUGACAAAACUGAGCGCAGAGCGCACUCGCUCGCAGCUGCCACAGACCCUCUGAUAUCCAGACCCACUCCACUUUAUGGCCAACCGUCCUGGUGGGGCGAUGAUGAUGACCCAGCCCACAAAAAGCAGACCACAGGUCCACAGGAGUCCACAGAGCCGGCUGAAGAUGUAUCUAGACAUGAAAUCAAUGGUUGUCUGCCUGACAGUGGCACCAAAUCCAUCUUGUCGAGUCGACGGGAACCCAGCUACUUCAAAAUCCCCACCAAAGAGUUUCUGCAGCAAUCUGUCAAUAAAUCAGAGUCACAAGUUCAAGAGGUUCCAACAAAGGACACGACAGACACUUCCCAGUGCGUCUCCUCCACCACAACGCCUGCUGUGGUCCAGAGCCACGCCUCCUUCACCAUUGAGUUUGAUGACUGCACGCCGGGCAAAAUGAAAAUCAAGGAUCAUGUGACCAAGUUCUCCUUCCGCCAGCAGCGCAAGCUACCCUCUGCAGAGGUCGCCGCUACCCCAACCAAAGUGAUGUCUUCAGAAAACAAAGUUGCUGACUGGCUGGUCCAAAGCGAUGCUAGCAUGUCACGGAGGCGGUCACAGGCUGACCACGUGUAUUACAUAAACAGUGACACUUCUGCUUUGAAGAUGGAUGAUGAAAAUUAUAGCAAAGAUGCCCUUUGCAACGAUACAGAGGAUCCAGUCAUCAAUGGCAAUAAUUUUGUUGGAUCAGGACAUCAGGUCAGCUCCCAGGUGUCUCAAACACCCCAAAAAACUGUACCUGACUCCUACCCCUCUCCAGAGUCUCAGGUCAGAUCAUGCCCACGCAAAGCUGAGCAUCAUCAAGCCUUUGUCAUUGAAUUCUUUGAUAAUGCUCAGAAGAAACAUUCUCAGUCCUGCACAGACAGCAUGGCUCAGCUUGACCUGUUGGAGCUCAGAACUCGUCUAGAAAAAGCGUCAAAAUCCUCAAGCCCAACUGGGGAAAGAACAGUCUCCUCUCCACCUUACUCCCCCAGUACUCCCCCAACCCAGCGUUACACUGUUCCUCUGAAGGAUUCUGGUUCUUCAAUUUCCAGAAGAACGGGCUCACUACACGGAGAGAAGACAGAGGACCGGCUCAGCAGUAGCUUCUCUUCUCGGUCUUCAUCCUUUCUUGCUGGAAGACCUUUUAGUAGUGUGGGAAAGAGAUCGAAACUUGCCAGAGAAUUUGCUGCCAAAUUCCUCAAACAAGCAAAGCAGACUUCUUCUGCCAGCUGGGAGCAAAACAGUCCCCCUGAAACAGCUCAGACGAGGCCAGAAAACAUAUCGCCGCCUGAGCAGAGCCCCUCCAGUCCGACUCCAUCCACUCCUUUCCAACCACAGACGUCUUCUCCGAUCCACCAACCCGUUCCCCUUACGGCACCUGUGAUGCCCCUGGUGUCUCAGACUGCAGAGCCAAAGAGUCCACAUGGCACCUUCAGAAAUGAAGAGGAUGACAGCCUGAGUGAUGCAGGAACCUACACAAUUGAAACAGAUGUUCAGGAUAAAGACGUGGAAGAGGCACGGAGUCAGAUUGAUCAGGUGUUUGGUGUUGUUGAGAGCCCAGAGCCAACCAGCCAGAGAGAAUCUGAAACACCAGCAGCAUUUAGGCCUGUUAUUAUUCAGGGCAGGGAGCAGCAUAGACAGGAUAGCUGUGGGGAGCUGAGAGCAGCUCCAGAACAGGGACAGAGUCAGGCUCAACUAGAAGCUGAGGUUUUUCAUGGAGGCCUCAAGUGGAUGUCUUGCUGGGCUAGCUUGGCAGACAGUUGUGCAGAAUCUGGUUGUAAAUCUGAAAUACGUGGCCUCCUCUCCCAGAUGGAGCUGUCAGAAGCAGGUAAGAUGAUCCACAAGCCACCAUUCCAACAACGUGACAACAACAACUCUGAUGGUUCAAGAGCUUGGCGAAUACUGCCUGAAGUACCACCAGUGGAGAAGAAUGCCACCUCGACUCCCAGCAUCCAUGUUCAAUGUGAUCUACAGUCAACAUUUGAUAUUGGCGAGAAUACCAUGGUCUCUUCUGGCUCUCAAGAUGACCUCAAUAGGUUGAAAGUUCAGGAUGAUGUUGAGCCAGACAGCUUGAGCGAUGCAAGCAAAUCGGAUGACGGUUCCAUUGUAGAACAAAGGACCCCACAGUCUGACACAGAAGAGAAAAAACCUGAGGACAACCUCAGACUCCCAACAAAGUCUUCCUUGCUUUAUAUUGGCUCAGAAGAGACUCUGUCCAAACCAGAAUGUGGAGGAUCCAUAGGAAGUGCACCCAUGAUUGAUAGAAAAGUGAACACAACAUUCUCCACAGCCACUCUGACCAAGCAUCAAGGGAAACGGGAAUCUGCCAAAAUCAAACCCACCAUCUCAGCUCCUCUAGUGGUUCAACAGACACAGAACCCAGACACCAGAGAGGGGGUAUUUGCACCACUAGUCAGACAAGAGAGCUUCACCAUGGACCACCCUAGCAGUUCCAGAUUACCCAACAUCUCCAGUCAGCCUGCAUUAGUAGAUCCAGACUCAGACUCAUCCCAGAGAGCUUGUCAUCAGGACACUCAUUCUUACCUCAAAGAGACUGAGGAUGUUCUAGCUGCUUUAGAGGCCAAACUCCAAGCAGUCCAACCAGACACCACACCAACCCCUGUAAUGGACUCUCUGUCUGGUGAGUCUGAUAUGGACACCUCCAGUACAGUCAGCCAGCAGAGCAGCAAGACCAGGCCAAGUACCUUGACAAAAAAAACUUCUAAUAGUUGCUUUCAUAGGGAGCAAUCUUCAGGUAGUCUUACUAGCCAAGACUCCAAUCAACACUUCUCUACAACUGAACACCUGGAAGGAAAAUGCCGGUCUCUGGUUGCAGACUGUAAGAGCAGGAGUGAUGCUAUAAGAAAACCAGCUGGGCUGAGACGCAGAGGGACGGCAUAUGGCUCUACGGACUUCAGUGAUGAUCUUCAGGGUUCUGGCAUACGUUCUUCUGAUCAGGAGUCCAGCACUAACCAGAUUGUCAAAAAAUACACAAUACCUCUUCAGAAGGAUGACUGCAAGACCUCUAAAGUUGCCCAGGUCUUGAGUCGUACAAAACGUUUGGCAGCCCCAAGGCCCACCAGGACAUCCAUCCUCCGUCGGGCUCGUCUGGGUGGGGCUUCAGACAAUGAGGGUCCGGAGACAGAAAAACAGGUGCAGGAGACAGGCAACCUUCCAGCUAAGCAUCCACAGGAAGUAAGGAAACUCUCCAGGUUGGAUAUGCUAGCAAUGCCUCGAAAACGGACAGGUUCAUUCAACACACAAAGCGACACAGAAGCUUCUGUUGCUCCUGUGCUACCAGGCAGAAUGACCGGAUUCUCCAAUAGAAGCACAGAGUUUGGUGGGAACUGUGUUCGCAGAGCUUCAGCUCCGGGACUGAAGCCUGUCGGAAGGCCACAAAAAGCACCCCUUAACAAGACCCUGAUCACUCGUGGACGUUCCAGUAGUGCUAAAUAUGCCAGCAGCACUGCAAGCUCUAGACAAAGGCAGAAAGCCUGUGAUUAUUCCUCUACUUCAGACGAGGAGUACGACUCCCAUCGCAGCACCCCUAAACGCAAACACUCCCAACCUUCCUCAGCUUCCAACAGCCCGUGCAACCAAUCCCGGCCGCUGGUCGCCCUGCACCCGAAGCCACAAGCCCGAGAAUCCGGGGAUGAGAACCAGGAUGGACAAGGCUUCCACAGCUGGUCCACCCACAGUGCUGAGAUUGCACGGUUGAGUCAAGACUUGGCUAAAGACCUUGCUAUCCUGGCCCGAGAGAUCCAUGAUGUGGCGGGUGACGGGGAUCCAAAGAGCGAUGAAGUGGAGAGCUUCGCACCAGCAUUCACAGUGACUGCUCAUGAACAGUUGAUGCAGCGUAUUCCAGAGGCUGGAUUAAACUACCCGAGAGUCCCAGUGAGGUCUUCUGCUGCAAGGGAAUCUGAGGAGGAUUUCCAGGACUCUGGGGAGAACUGGCAGCUGCAGAUUCAAAACAGAGAUGAGACCGCUGAGGACAGUCGAAUGCUGAAUCCGAUGUCUCAGAUAAUCAUCGCCAUCAAAGACAACACAGAUCAGCUUGCUGAGAAAAUGAAGGUGCUGUUCCAGGACAAGAUGGAUGUGUGGGACAAAAUUGAAGCCAGAGUUAAUUCUAACCGAGAUCUUCCUGCUAUCAAAACAUCAAACAAGGAAAUCGUGUCUAUUUUGAAAGAGCUGAAGAGUGUCCAGCAACAACUUGAAGUCAUUAACGCCGUUGUUGGUCCCGCUGCUCACUGUGAAGCUCCCAGGACUUCGGCGUAUGCAGCCCUGUCCUUGGCUACAUCUCGGUCUUCCAAAUCUUCCAUGUUGCGGGACUGGAGAACCGUCCAUUCUGUCGCCAGACGUGGCGGUGGCCUGAGGUGUGCAGAGAGCAGCGGUGACGCCGGAAGAUGUCAGACCGGUUUUCGAAAGGCCAAAAGUGAAUAAAAGUGUCACUGCUUAUUGACCAAAAUAUACAUACAUGGUAGAUAUCUUUAAAAAUAUACAAUAAAAUCAUUAUUUGUACAGUCAAAUCUUUUUUUUCCUCAACAGCUUGCCAUAGAGAGAUCAGUUUUUUUUUUUUCUAGUACUUUUGAUUAUUGAUGCUUAGUUUGAUGAGAUUCAUUGUAUCUUUGUCGUUUUGCUUUUCCUGCACCAGAUUUAUUGAUGAAUGUAACAUAUUUAUUAUUGAUCGAUGUCUUUAACAGAACAUUCAGGCUUUUUUUUCCCCACUGAGAUAGUUGAGGUGGACGAUUCGUGCAUUACUGCGCUUUAUUCUGAACACUGUGUGUAAUUUGUGUGUGUGUGUUUGUUUUGUCCUUUGGCGAUUAAAAAAUCUAUCAGUCAGGGGUCCAAACAAAAGCACAGACUCGGACCUGAAAAUGAUUGUUUCAUUAUUAAUUAAUUCCAGCUUUCUUUUUUCUUUUUUUUUCUCCACAAAAUCUUGAAGCUUUUUGGGGGGAAAGAAUCCAUAUUUACGCUUUCAAAUUACUUUUGUCCAGUAAACAAUUUACAAUUCAAAUGUUUAGUUUUUGUUUAAAAAAAUUUUAAGUCUCUUUAAAUCCAGUUCAAAAAUAUGUGCGCUCUGGUUUGCAUCCAUUUAAAAAAGUUAAAACAACAAAAAAAACUACAUCCAUUUUUAAAACUCUUUCCACGGAUGUGCUCUUGUUGUAGGAGAUUAAAUCCAGAUUACCUUGAACCUCCAAAGGUUAAAACCAACAGAAGGCUCUUCACUGUUAAUUUAAAAUCCUUUGAAAUUCACCAACGUGGUUUAAACCUGAUUCAAAAAUUACCAGAAGCAGCAUUUCUUCAGCAAUUCUGUUUAAACUGCAAAACACUUAAGAGGUUUUGUGAAUAAUAUUUCCAUAACAGCCUGAAUUAUAUGCAGGUUAAAGCUAUUAAAUCUACAUGGAUUACAGAGGAUUGGGAGAAAUAAUGUAAUUUUAUGAACGUAAGAACUUCACAUACAAAAAAAAAAACCCAAAAAUGUUUUGGACAUUUUAUUGUGAUAACGGUUCUUAUUCUCAGAACAUAUUAAAUGCAGAAAUGACCAAUUGUUUUGGACAAGCAAGUGUUUUUGGCACCUACCUCACUUUGUGGGAUCAUAAACUAAUGCAGCAUCCUCAAAAACUGACUUUUUUUUUCAAAUCUGUUUGUAAAUGUGGUUUGGUGAUUUACACGAAGCUGAAUGUUACGUUCCACUUCGAUUGUAUGAAAACAAACAUCAGUUUUGUUUCAUUUCAUCAUUUCAUCAACUUUCAGUUUUUCAGUCAUGAAACGGGAAUCCUUUUUUUUUUUUUUUUGUCAGAAGUAUCUGUUCAUGCGUGUUCAUCUUUGGUUUAAAGGGGUGGUUCCCACGCUGGGGUCAGAGCCCAUCUAGAAGGCUGUGGGAUAAAUGUGAAUGGCCUGAAGUUGAUUAAAAUCAGAACUAAACAUUUUUUCCUUAAAAUUUUUUUGUCUGCAUCAAAGGAUGGCUACUUUAAAGUGUUUACAAACAAACACUGCAUGAUCCGACGGGUUUGGACAAGUUCACGUUCUUGGUGGAACAAAAAAAAAAAUAAUAAUAAUCAGACAUUUGUACUGUCAGAAGCCAAAAACCACUGAGAACCAAAUCUUCUUAAAAACUAGAUAGUCCUCCUGCAGUUAUUUUAUUUAUUUAUUUAUUUUUGGCUUUUUUUUUUUCUUUUCUUUUUUGUAUAUUGGUGCCACAGAUGAAGUGUGACAUUUGUGAUGACUGUUUACAGAAAACGGAAUGUUUGAUUCUGAUGCUGCUAUAUUCUUUUUCUUCACUCGAUUAAAUUGCUGCAGUUUUUUGUCACUUUUCACCCUGAACACCGUGAGGAUCUUCAUGCUUCACCGUGUUGACUGUUUAUAUUUAUGGCAAUAAAUUUGAAUAUUAGA